AUGCUUUACGAGUCGCCGGAGACGGCCGAGAUCGACGGGAACGAAAAUCGGCACGAAUCGGAAGCGGGUUUCCUCCCGCCGAGGAAGCCCGUGUACGUUCUGAAUUACCCGGACAGGUACGUCGAUGCGCUCGACGGAAGUUUCGCAUUUUCCGGCCCGUCGGGAGACGCGGGGAAUCCCGGGAAACCGGUCGGGAGAGUACUCGUCCCCGUGUAUCGCCUGGGGACGCUCGCCGACGCGCCUUCCCCGAGGUUCUUCGGCGGACAUCGGGAAACCCCGUCGAGCUCGCGCGAUAAGGAUAAGACUGAGCCACGAGUCGCCGAUGAUCGUCCAUUUGCCGGUCCCCUCCGAAGAUUCCUGCUGGUGCCGGUGUCCAAGGAUCUGUACGUGCUGCAGGACGAGGAGUCUCGUGCUCGAGCGGAUGACGCGACGUCGGCAGUCCUCGCGUUCAAGGCGCACCUGCAUCACGACGCGAAGGACGCGGGCAGAGCGUACCUCCGGAGACCUGUGUCGGAGAAUCAGCACCGUUUCUCCGAGCACGACGCGAAUCGCUCGCGUUUCGAUCCGGAUCCCAGCACCUUCCAAGAGGAGGAGACGGAUCUCGCCUCGAGAUACUCUACUCCGUCGUAUCCGAGUUUCUUGUACCCUGGAGUCCCCUCGCAGACUUACCCCCGAUUGAUCGAUUCGUCCGAAAUGCCCGACGAAGGAAUCGUUCCUCAAGCUGCGGAUUACGGGAACGCGGGCAGCGCUGCAGACUCGGACGCUGAAAUCGAUUCCUAUGAUCAGCCCGGGUUCCCGUCCUUUCCCCCUCCUGGCGUGUCUUCGUAUUCAGUGAAUGCGGACGAUCGUCGAUCGAACGUUCCUCCUGCGACCGCGUCGGACGGCGAGAACUAUGAGGAGUCUUCUUCGAGAUACGGCGAGUUCGACGACGUCGAUUCGACCACGAUGGAUCUCCCGAGACUUCUUAGCACACCGGACGACGGUGUCGAAGCAUUCAUUACCGCGAGAGACGUCGGGAUCUACGUAACCGGUGACGAGGAAGCGUAUUCGUCGAGCGGAUACACCACCGAAGCGUACUCGCUCGGCGGUCCCGAAGAGCGCGCGAUGUCCGUGCCGUUAUUCCCCGAUGUCGAGGAGCAGUCGUCAAAGAGGGGGAGAACCGAAGUGGAGAACUCGCGUGCCCUUCUAACGGCGAUCGGGCCGCUGUCUUCGGAGCUGCAGAGGCUGCUGAGCGCCGUUAAGUCGGUCAACGAAAGCAUCAGAGCCGUGCGGCGCAGACUGUGCGAUAAAAAAAACGUCGUCGGACCGACGAGGCUUGAAGGGAAGGAAGCGACGAGUAGCGCAAGUUCGACCGACGAUCCCGACGAGCCCGUCUCGCCCGCGAAAAGCGUCGAAAGCCGAAGGGAAAGCGGAAGAAUCCCGUCGGACGAGAGAGUCGGCGAUACGAAAUUGCGGGAACUGAGGAAGAGAUCCAACGGCUCCUUCUUCCUCGGCAAAUUGACCGCACCGUCGCGCAGACGCGUGGCGAGCUCGGCGAGCGAUGGGGACCUCCUGGAACGAGCGAACGAGAGGAAACAUCCCGAAAAGCCGGUCGGUGCGUUGCGCUUCAGGCUGAACCGAAACCUGAAGUCCUGGACGAGGAAUCACGAGGCGCCGCGAACGGAGCCGACUCGGCGAUUCGGUGGGUCCGGCUUGAAAAAAAUCACGCGCUCGACGGAAGGCGAAGGCGCGUCGGGGGACGAGGAUAAUUUUUCAGGCGGAAGAAGCGUGGGAAAUUCGCCGCGACACAAACCAAUCGUUCCGGCGAUUCGCAGCUACGAGGAUAACCCGGAGUACCUCUGGCCGAAUAACAAGAGAGAUUUGGAGCGAUAUACGACGAGGAGCGCGGGAGAAACGCGCUACAGCCCGGUUGACCCGGAGUUCUACAGAGAAGCGACCGCCUACCUCGACGUGCUUCGAUUGUUGAACAUGACCGAGGAGCCUCGCACCGGCUACCCGAUCGUUCCCGAUUACACCAUACCGUCUGUCAUCACGAAGCCGUUAUCGCCGGCGAGUCCGCCGACGACGGAACUCGUAGCCACGUUCUCGCCUCGUCCACUGGAAGAAGCAACGACCGCUUCGGGUGUAACGAGGCCGGAGGCAUUUCCAGAAGAAGUGACCGAUUUGGUCCCACGUGAGAAUGAGACAGACUACACUACCGAUUACGAAUACUACGAAGACCUCGAGGAUUACGACUGGCAGAAUUACACGGGAAUGUACGAGGACGAGAAUGCCACGUCCUCGACGUACUGGUACGAGUACAUGGAGGAAACUACGAGCGAGGAAGUCCGUGGAAUUACCGUCGGAGACACCGUUCCCGGCGAAACGCUGACGACGAUGAGGGUCGAGAUUGCGGGGAUUGAAGUCCCAGCGACGACGGAGACAACGACAUGGUACACCGAUUACCCACUUACCACCAGCGCGCUAAUUACCGCAGUACCAACGGUUCCUGAAAUUUCGGGGACCACAUCAGCGACGCUGUUGCCAGUUACGUUGACAGCUUUCACAGUGCCAGCUACGUCGACGUUAUUCCAUACGACACGAUUACCGACCGCGGCGGUCGACGAGAUCGUAACGGGAACUACCGGAAUUGUUGCUGGCGAAACAGCCGCGGUGUUAACUACGGAGAUACCCGAAGCAAUUGAGACUACCGUAGCGACUCCGAUAACGAAGGGAUUUACAGUCGAAUCUACGAUGAUGCUGACUCCGCUUCUGGAAGGUACGACGGGUGUUACUUGGAAAGUUACGAUUCCCCAGAUUAUCGAGACUACACUCGGGCCGACACUCUCACUAGUCAAUGAAACUGUGACUAUCGAGGAAAUAAUGAUGGGAGCCACUACGAUUGCUGGUUUGCCUACAAUUCUAGAAACUGAGGAAACGACCUUGAGUACGACGUUGACAGUAGAAACUACUUCGGGUUAUUUGGCACUGGAGGAAGAAGAGAGUCCGGUGACGCAGAUUGAGAAAACUAUAACUGCGGAGGAAAUGACGACGGAGAGUCCGACAACUACCGAAGCUCCGACCAUUACCGAAACUUUAACAACUGAAACUUUAACAACCAGUGAAACUCCAACUACUACUGUCGCUGUUGGAACGACUAAAAUUCCAACGAUAACGGAGACAACAGCCACUAAAAUACCAACCACUACCCGAACUCCAACGACUAUCGGAGUUCCAAUUGCCACUGAAGUUCUAACAACUACAAAAACUCUAACAAGUGCCAAAAUUCCAACAACUAUAAAAACUCCAACAACUGUCGAGAUUCCAACUACUAGAAAAAUUCCAACAACUAUAAAAACUCCAACGACUGUCACGGCUCCAAUCACUGUAAAAAUUCCAACAACUAUUAAAACGCCAACUAUUACAAAAAUUCCGACAACUAUUAAAACUUCAACUAUUACAGAAAUUCCAACAACUAUCAAAACCCCAACAACCACCAAAGUUCCAACCACUGUAACAACCUCUGAAGUAACAAUGAUUACAAAACCUACAACUAGUAAAAUUCCAACAACUAUCAAAGUUUUCACCACUACCGAAACUCUGACAACUUUAGAAACUACAACAACGAUCAAAAUUCCCAUGACUACAAAAGUUCCAACCACUACCGAAACACUAACAGCUACUGAAACUGCAACACUAACAGCUACCGAAACUGAAAUUAUCGAAACGAGAACUACUACAAUUCCAACGAUUACCGAAACUCCAUUGACUGCCGAAAUUCCAACAACAAUCGAGGUUUUAACCACUACUGAAACACUGACAACUUCCCGAACUCCAAUAACAAUAGAAACAACAACUACGGAAAUUUCAACCACUACUACCGAAAUUCCAACAACUAUAGAAACUCCAACCACCGCUGGAACCCUAACUACAACCGAAACUUCAACUAUCGAAACUCGUGUUACCAGAAUUCCUACAACUGCCGAAACUCCAAUAACAACAGAAAGUACAACUACCAAAAUUCCAACCACUAUUAUCGAAACUCCAACAACUACAGAAACUUCAACCACUGCCGAAGCGUUAACUCCUACCGAAACUUCAACUAUCGAAACUCGUGUUACCAGAAUUCCAACAACUGCCGAAACUCCAUUAAUUACUCCAACAACCAUCGAGCUUCUAACCACUACCGAAAUUCUAGCAACUUCUGAAACUCCAAUAACAACAGAAAGUACAACUACCAAAAUUCCAACCACUAUUAUCGAAACUCCAACAACUACAGAAACUUCAACCACUGCCGAAGCGUUAACUCCUACCGAAACUUCAACUAUCGAAACUCGUGUUACCAGAAUUCCAACAACUGCCGAAACUCCAUUAAUUACUCCAACAACCAUCGAGCUUCUAACCACUACCGAAAUUCUAGCAACUUCUGAAACUCCAACAACAACAGAAAGUACAACUACCAAAAUUCCAACCACUAUUAUCGAAACUCCAACAACUACAGAAACUUCAACCACUGCCGAAGCGUUAACUCCUACCGAAACUUCAACUAUCGAAACUCGUGUUACCAGAAUUCCAACAACUGCCGAAACUCCAUUAAUUACUCCAACAACCAUCGAGCUUCUAACCACUACCGAAAUUCUAGCAACUUCUGAAACUCCAAUAACAACAGAAAGUACAACUACCAAAAUUCCAACCACUAUUAUCGAAACUCCAACAACUACAGAAACUUCAACCACUGCCGAAGCGUUAACUCCUACCGAAACUUCAACUAUCGAAACUCGUGUUACCAGAAUUCCAACAACUGCCGAAACUCCAUUAAUUACUCCAACAACCAUCGAGCUUCUAACCACUACCGAAAUUCUAGCAACUUCUGAAACUCCAACAACAACAGAAAGUACAACUGCCAAAAUUCCAACCACUAUUGUCGAAACUCCAACAACUAUAGAAUCUCCAACCACUGCCGAAGCGUUAACUCCUACCGAAACUUCAACUAUCGAAACUCGUGUUACCAAAAUUCCAACAACUGCCGAAUCUCCAUUAGUUACUCCAACAACCAUCGAGCUUCUAACCACUACCGAAAUUCUAGAAACUUCUGAAACUCCAACAACAACAGAAAGUACAACUGUCAAAAUUCCAACCACUACUGUCGAAACUCCAACAACUAUAGAAUCUUCAACCACUGCCGAAGCGUUAACUCCUACCGAAACUUCAACUAUCGAAACUCGUGUUACCAGAAUUCCAACAACUGCCGAAUCUCCAUUAAUUACUCCAACAACCAUCGAGCUUCUAACCACUACCGAAAUUCUAGCAACUUCUGAAACUCCAACAACAACAGAAAGUACAACUGCCAAGAUUCCAACCACUAUUAUCGUAACUUCAACAACUAUAGAAUCUCCAACUACUGCCGAAGCGUUAACUCCUACCGAAACUUCAACGAUUAUCGAAACUCCAACAACUACUAAAAUACCAACAGUACCAAAAACUACAUCUGUCAAAAUCUCAACUACCGAAAUUUCAUCGACUGUCGAGGCUCCAACGAUUACCGAGCUUCUAACUAGUACUGAAAUUUUAACAACUUCCGAAACUCCUGUAACAACGGAAAGUACAACUACCGAAAUUCCCAUCACUUCCAUCGAAUCUCCGGCAACUAUAGAAUUUCCAACUAUUGGCAAAACUCUAACAGCUAUCGAAACUUCAACGACCAUUGAAAUUCCAACUACCGGAAUACCAACGGUUACAGAAACUACAACUGUCAAAAUUCCAACAACUUCCGAAAUUUCAUCGACUGUCUUCACGACAAGUACAGAAGAAGAAAUAAUAAUGACAGAGGAAGAGAUUAUUACGACUCCGAUCGCUACUGAAAAAACCGUGGCAGAAGUAACAACUCCAAUGAUGUAUCUGUCAUCACCUGCCACACUUUACACGGAAAUCACUACGGAAGCGACAUUACUCGUAAGCGUGACGGUUCCUUCACCCUCUAUCCCAACUGUCACGGCCGUGACGCCAGCCGUAACCACUUCUACCGCGAUCAUUGAAGGAACCUCAAUUUCAACGACCGGAGAAGUCACUAGUGCUAAUUUUACUACAAUACCCGAAGAGACUGUCGGUGUUAUUUUCACAACACCGACUGAAAAAAUGUCAACGUCUACGGAAAUCACGCGGGCUUCUUCUGAAAGAAGCACUGUGUCGGAAGUGGGAACUAUUAGCACAAGUACCAGUUUCAUGCCGACGAUAGUCAAUGCGACCGAGAUCAUAACGACUUCUACAGUUUUAUCGGAGGCUACCACAGAAACAGCAGGGACAAGCACAACGACAGCUACUGUCACCUCAUCGCCGGCUACUGAGCGACCGGAAGAGGAGAUUUUAGAAAUCACAGCCACCGAAACGCUCACUCCGCUUACAAAAUCGACAGAGUUGACAGAGUUGACUACAACGGAAACGUCCGUUACCACACCGGCAGUUACUUCCGCAUUGCCGGAGACUACCUCAGAGACGGAGGAGUUCACAACAACACCGACUACGACUGAAAGUAUAUCAACAGCAUUAUUUAUCGAAACGACCGUCCACCCCGCUACUUCAACUUUGGUAACGACUACUGAAACGAUGCCAGAGGUCGAAACGGAAUAUUACGUAGACAAGGCGUUGGAGUCGCAGUACGAAGAAGAAGAAGAGUACGAUACGGAAAUACCGACCGACAAGUGGUACUACUAUGACGAAUACGGCACUACGACGAAGGAGAGAACAGUCCUUACAUUAAGCACGGUGAGUCACACGAAGCUGCCCGAAGAAGAGGUGACGAGUUCUCCAUCUCCUGCCGAAGCUACGACAGCUUCUCCGUAUGAAACUAAGACUUCCGAGUUCACGACAUCCUCAACGAUCUCUGAAACGACGAUGACGACUUAUGUCGGGGUGGCCACGACGACAUCGAGGACACCUCCUCGCACGUACGCCGGCGAAGAAGUUACCUCAAUUGUCGCUUUGGAAACGUCUACGUCAACCGUUGCAAAGGAAACGAAGACACUGGAAACAGGAACUACUGAAUUUUCUACCGAGUCCUCGACGUCUAGCACGAGUGGAAAGGAAGAAACGGUCACGACUGCGACCUUCGGCUCUACGGAGGAAUAUACUCUUCCGCCUUCGACGGUUUUCGAGAUCAUGACGAAACCGCUCGAGAGUCUAACGAUUUCCGCCAAGUACGUGUAUACGAAGCCCGACUGGCUGAAGUCCAUCACGAAGCCCCAGGAGAUUCUCGAUCAGGAGGUCGAGCUGAAGAAGACAACGUUUGCGAAGAUAGGCACGACCUCGGAACGCGUCCCAACGGUAACCGAAGUUCCCACGGAGAAGUCGACUCUCCUCUUGGUCUCGCCGGUGCUCACGACGUUAUCGGAGGAAGAAUCGAUGGAAGCGUUCGCGACAACCGUGAGUUCUGCGGUCCCCGGUUUGGAAGUGGAGAUUACCGGUUACGAAGUUACCACUCGGUCACCGAAGACGAUGCCCGUUACUGAAGAAACUGAAGAAAGCACUGUGGAGAAAGAGAAGUAUACUACCGAGGAGAUUCUUCCACGCCUCGUCACGCCGUUCACCGUGCCCGAAGUUGAAGUUGAAUCCACCACGAUGAGUAAGAUCGGGAAAGACGUGGUGCGAGAACAGCAGAGGAAACGAUUGCAGCACCAACUUGACGAGCUGACGCGUCAUGAGAAAGAAAUGGCGGAGAGGGAGGAGAGGCUGAAGGAAAAGGAGCGACAGUGGGACCGAGAGAAGAAGAGACGCGAAGAGAAGAUGAUACAACUUAAGGGAGAAGAAGGUACCACUGCGACCAGCGCGACAGAAACUGUCGGUGCGGAGAGUCCGACGGUGCCAACUGUCACAACGUUCAAGGUCACGCCUUCUGUCGUCGAUGCGACGUUCGCCACGUUGAGUACCAGUUCGGACGAAGUCAUCGCAACUUGGACCGAAACGACGCCGUACUAUAGCGCGGAAGAGGUCGGAUUCACGACCUCGGCUACGGAAGAGACAAAAGGAACGUAUGAUUAUGUAACUGAAGCCACUACCGAGCGAUUCGGCGCGGAUUUGCGCGGCGAGGGCUUAACUUCAGCGGAGACUUCCACCCCUUACUCUGUCGAAGAAAUAUCUGUUACAAGUUACGAAUCGUUUACUUCGCCUAUAGUGGCGACCGUUUCGGCUAGUGUCGCGACUUUCAUCACAAAGAGAGAAGAAAUAGACGAAGAGAUAGAAAGUCUGGAGGAACGAUUGCGUGAAAAGGAGCGCGACCUGGAGGAGAGGGAGAAGAUGUUACUGGAAAGAGAGCGGAGGCUCGAGGAAGAUAUGAAGAAGUUCGAGAGGCACAUGGCAGAAGUUGAGAGUGAAGUAACCGAGGAGUUGACCGCGCCGAGUUUAUCGACGCCGAUGCCGCCGACCGAGGGACUUACGACUGCCAAAGCCCGAGUCGCCACGCGAGUUGAGGAGAAGACGGAGAAGAAGGAAGCUCGGAUCACCACGAUGAAGAUGGUGGUAACGUCUCGACCGGGCGCCGCGGAAGCGAUCGAUCUCGAGGAGAGGAAACGAACGAAGUACGUUCCCGAGGAGGCCGUUACCCCGAAGGAAGAAGAAGGAGAGGAAGAAAUCGUGACUAAGAGAAUAUGUCUGAAUGUUCUGGCGAACACGACGAUCCUUUACGAUAAAAGAAGGCGAGACUUAGUGACGAAGAAGAUUUGUCUGCCGUACCUUCCCGAGGGAGAGGGAGAGGUCGGUCGAUUGGGCAGGAAGAUCCUCGCUCUUCGAGUUGCGAGAGAGAUCGGGAAGCCGAAGUUGGGUUACCUGCCGCAUCUCCGGCGCGGGAGACGACGAAAAGAGACUAUUCGCAAGAUCAGCGAUCCGCAACUGUCGCGUCGCGAAUGGCUGGAUAACGAAACUGCGAAAUCGCCGAGGUACUUGAAAGGUUUCACCGGGAUGUACGAAGGGGCGAGAAGAAUUUUCCCGGAGCAUGAUGCUGCGACUGUCACCGAUUCGCGAAGAAACGCUGAAGAUCGCCGAGCCGUAACUUCUCCGUACGAACGACACGUACUCGAUCAACACGAGGAUUCUUUUCGACCGACCGCUACGGCUAUGUCGGACGGUAAAGGAUACAGAAGGAGGAACGCUUCUCCCGGGAGUAGUUCGAUUCGUGAAAGAAGAAGCGAUCUCUCUGGUGGUGACUACGAGGCAACGGUCGGCGAUACUUCGACCAGCGAGGAGAAGAGAUCUGGUGAAGACGAGCUCGGAUCUUACACGGUGAACGUGCUGCGUUUUAAGUACAACGAAGACGAUGAGACGCAUCGGACAACGUCCGUUAAGUCAGACGCCGAUGAAGCGAUGGCGUUCACGUUCGUGCCGGGCAACGAGCAGGAAUUCGUGGACGACGGAGACGACGAUUUCGAUCGUACUGCUGACUCUGGAGAAGGCGAUAAAACUGUCAGACCGUAUCGACUCGAAGAUGACACGGAGGAGGAAGACGAUGAAUCGUCGAAGGAAAUAGAAGAAGAAAGAACC